UCCUCUGGGGACUUUGCCUGCAUGGCAAUCUGUUCCAGCAGCUACUCCACCAUCAUGGCAUUCUGCUUCCUGGAAGAGCUGCAGUGGGAGUUUGCUGCUUCCUACGACCCAACGAGCAUCGGCCUGGCCUCCAGACCAUAUGCCUUCCUGGAAUUUGACAAGGUUAUUCAGAAGGUGAAAUGCCAUUUCAACUGCACGAGUGGCUCUCAGACAAAGGCCAGCUGGGAGAAGGUUGAGGAGGAGCUGAAGUUCCAGCCCCCCAUACAGCUGAAGCUGGAGGACAUGGAGCUGAUGAAUGGGAUGACCAAUGGGGGGCAUGCAGCUGUUCAUGUGGAGGUUGUCCCCACUUACCGACUGCAGCCUGUGACUCCCCUGGGGAUUCUGUCUCUUGUCCUGAACAUCAUGUGUGGAGCUUUGAAUCUCAUCCGAGGAGUCCACCUAGCAGAGCACUCAUUUCAGGAGGACCAUGAAGGCAUUGGAAAUGUGAUUGCUUUUUUCCUACCUUUUCUAGCCUGUGUUUUCCAGUGUUAUUUGUACCUCUUCUACAGCUCAGCAAGGAAGGUGAAGACGUUUGUGCUCUUCUGCUGUGUUUGUUUAUGCAACAUCUACUUGUAUGGAUUGAGGAACCUCUGGCAAAUAGCCUUUCACCUGGGAGUGGCAGCUCUUUCUUCUUACCAGAUACUGACAAGGCAACUUGUGGAGAAACAGCCUGACUGUGGAGUAUGAGGAAGACUUUGGGUUUGCUACUCUCUUUUUUACAACCUUUUUUUUUGUAUUAAACUAGCC